GGGGCUCUUUUCUCUACCGGAACCUCUGCGCUGCCGCUCGUCCCCGCUCGGUUUAGGGGCGUGUGCGCACUCCCGAGACACCAGGAAAUAUGGCGGCGCUCAUGACUCUUAUUCAGUUAUCAGGUGGAAACCCGGUCUAUGAAAGCUACUACAGACAGUUGGAUCCAGGUCACACGGGCAGAAUAUCAGCUGGAGAUGCAGCUCAGUUCCUUAAGAAGUCAGGACUCUCGGAUGUUACGCUGGGAAAGAUUUGGGAGUUGGCUGAUUCGGAAAGAAAAGGAUUUUUGGAUAAACGAGGUUUCUUCAUAGCUUUGAGACUGGUGGCCUCAGCACAGAGUGGAAAUGAUAUCAGCCUUUACAACCUUAACCAAACCUUAGCGGCACCCAAAUUUAAAGACACUAACAGCCCAUUAUUAAGUGUUCCAAUGAUAACACCUGACUCACAGUGGGCUAUAAGGCCUGAUGAAAAGGGGAAAUUUGAGAGCAUUUUUGAAAGUCUGUCCCCUGUCAAUGGUCUCCUCCCUGGUGAUAAAGUCAGGCCAGUUUUGAUGAACUCCAACCUACCUCUGGAUGUUUUAGGAAAGAUUUGGGACCUAAGUGAUGUCGACAAAGAUGGAUAUCUGGACAAAGAGGAAUUCACAGUGGUCAUGCAUCUUGUCUAUAGGACCAUGGAAAAGGAGCCUCUUCCAGCUACUUUACCUGCUUCCCUCAUCCCCCCAUCUAAAAGAAAGAAGGCUGCAGGAGCACUGCCUGGUGCUGUGGGGGUGCUGCCUGGCGCUAUGGGUGUGCUGCCUGUUCCUUCAGGGCUUGGUGUCACCUCAACUCCUAUCAUGGAGACCUUAAGAAGUACUCCUCCUCUGGGUAGUGCGUCUUCCCUGAGUCCCAGUAUUGUCAAUGUUUCACCCAAACACUCCUUCAAAUCCAGCUCACCGCCAGUGGUGAACUGGGUGGUACCAGUGGCUGACAGGGAGAGGUAUGAUGAACUUUUCAGGCAGACAGACUUGGACAAUGACGGCCUUGUCAGCGGCACUGAGGUCAUAGAGAUCUUCAUGCAGUCCACUCUCUCACAGACAAUGUUGGCACAGAUAUGGGGAUUGGCUGAUACUAAACAGACAGGCAAGCUGACCCGGGAGCAGUUCUCUCUGGCCAUGUAUCUGAUCCAUCAGAAGUCCAAUAAAGGUGUAGACCCUCCCUCCGCUCUCACUCCGGACAUGAUUCCCCCCUCAGAAAGAAGUGCAACUUCAGUGGCUAACUACACGGGGUUUAUAUCUUCUGUGAGGCCUGCUGCACUUUCUAAUAUGCGAAGAGACAGCAUCGGCUCCACAGGGUCGGUAGAGCUGACAGGCAUGAAAGAGUUGGAUGACCUCAGCCAGGAAAUAGCUCAGCUGCAGAGAGACAAAUUCAUCCUGGAGCAAGAAAUCCGGCUAAAGGAGGAAACUAUCAGACAACAAAACAGUGAAGUUCAGGACAUGCAGAAUGACUUGGACAGGGAAAGCAGCAGCCUUCAGGACUUGGAGUCCCAAAAGCAGGAUGCCCAGGAACGUCUGGAGGAGAUGGAUCAGCAGCGUUCCAAGCUGGAAGGAAUGCUCAACGACGUCAAGCAGAAGUGCCAAGAGGAGUCCCAGAUGAUCACGUCCCUGCAGAGCCAGAUCAGCUCGCAGGAGACUGACCUUCGCAGCCAAGAGAGUGAACUGAGUCGCACCAAGAUGAAUCUGAGCCGCCUGCAGGAGGAGGAGGCCCAGCUGGAGCAGAACCUGCUCUCCGCUCGCGUCCGCUUAGACAGUAUCAUCAAGUCUCUGAAAACCACGCAGGAAGAGAUCAACCAGGCCCGCAGUAAACUCUCGCUGAUCCAGGACAGCCAAAAAGAGGUGACCAAGACCAUUGAACAGUAUAACAGCGCUUUGAAUGACUUGAAUAGUGGGAACCUCAGCAACCUGCCGGACUUGAGCGAAGGAUUCCCUGAGAAGGAAAACGGAGGUUUAAGAAGUCCAGUAGGGGGAUCUCUCAAAUCUAGAAUAGCAAAGUUUAACAACAGCAGCUUCAAGGAGCCUCCAGCCGACCCCUUCCAGAGAGAGAACCCCUUCAACUCCGACCCCUUUAAAGAUCCGUUUGGAGGAGACCCUUUCAAACAAAGCGAUCCCUUCAAAGGCACAUCUUCUGAUGAUUUCUUUAAGAGUACAGACAGACCCUCAGAGCCUUUUGGUAGAAAACCCCCCCCUCCAGCCAAGCCCAGUGUCUUUGGCAGUAGUGACCCGUUUGCAUCAAAAAGCCCAACUCUAAAGGAUUCAGAUGCGUUUGGGACUGCAGACCCCUUUGGAAGCAAGGGAGGAGGAUUUGCUGACUUUAGUCAGAUGUCAAAGAAGUCAAACAAUCCUGUGCCCCCGGCAAAGAAAAAUGUGCCUAACCGGCCCGCUCCUCCAUAUGGAGCUCUGCUCAGUGUGGGUUCAGCAGAGGCGUUCCACAGCGCGUGCAGUAGAGGCUGUUUUGUUACAGAACACCGUCCUGUGGCUUUUGCAGAUUUUGCCUCUUUUGGAAGUGAGAGACAGCAGCUGGAUUGGGCCAAGCGGGAGAGCGAGCGUGAGGAGCAGGAGAGGCUGAGGAGGCUGCGGCUCCAGGAGCAGCAGGACCUGGAGCUCGCCAUCGCUCUGAGCAAAGCCGACAUGCCCGGCGCCUGACACGGCCCGGCCCAGAUCGCCCCGCCCCGCCCCAGCUUUUAGUCUUCUUUCUGCCUUACAGUCCGCAGGCCCAUGACAGCAGCACAGACACUGGCCCAAUAUGACUAGCAGCCCCUGUUACCAAUUUGAAGAGAGCAGUGCUUCCCCGGCGCGAUUGGACUCGUGUCAGAUGAUUCCACAUUUAGCAGCCAGUUCAGGUUCAGUGCUCCCAAAGUCCACGGCUCCUAUAAUCAUGGACAAUAAGGGAGCCACUAGAUUUAAGCCUCACUUCAUCCUGCAAGAACAUAGCGAUUUAAUGCAACCUGAACCAAACCAGCACAGUUCCUGACUACAACCUACAUCUAGCUCUUUAUAAGUCUGUCUUAAGUCUGUUUGUUGCAUCAAAACAACAUUUUAUGUUAUUUUACUUUAGAUGAAUGAAGGAUUUGGACAGUGCACUGGUUUUAAUGGGUUUUUUUUGUUAAUUUGUUAAACAUUUAUAUAAAAACGCCAACCCAUACACAAGAACUGUCCUGUUCAAUUAGUUUUGUAAGGAAACAGCUGUAAAUACUGAGACAAUGAGGAAAACAAAGAGCUGAAAUGUAGGCAUUAGCAUGGAAACGGCAUGAUUUAGGUUUUUAUCUUAAUGUUACAAGUGUUCCUAGCAUUUGCUAUUUAACUGCUAUUUAUAACUUUAAACGGAUUGAAGCCAAUGUUUCUUACCAACAAACUCUCCAAGACAAACAUGACGUUUAUGCUUGAAAGGCAUCUUAGUUAGCUUUCCUUUAUAUUAACCUGACUCUGUGUCAUCGUUCAUUGUACGAUCAUCAAGUUGCAGUCGAUAUUCACUGACGUCUUCCUUUAUUGUGAACAAAGUUCAGUCCAUCUCAAUGAUCCGUUGCAUCAUUCAGCAAUCGGCGUCACAUGGUUUAUCGUUGGUUUCCUUCCCAACCAUGUUGCACUCCCAUACAACUAAAAGCCUCUUGGAAACCAAGUAUAAAACGAUCUAGUUUAUCCUGGUGCUGUUACAUCAAACUGUCCUUUUUUACUAUGUCUGUACUCGCUCUAAUCCGUGAUCUUUAUUUCUGGUUAUGUCUUUAGGUUUAAUAUCGUCUGAUCGAGUUCGAGGACAUUUGUACAAAGGCCUUAAAUUAUUGCUUCUUUGUAAUUAUGUGACACUAAUCAGGUUCAUUCAACACAUAAUGUAAGCACUGUAUAUUCCAGAACCUACUGGACAUGUGCAGAGUGGCAGCGCCUUAUUUAUCAACAUAUCAGCAUUGUAACAUGAUAUAUUGCACAGUAUGUAUGUGUAUGUUUGUGAUUAUCCAUUGUUGUUGUUUUUUUUUUUAAAUAACCAAGUAGCUCAAAACAUUAAUGGCUAAAUAAAACUGGUUUAUAAGAUUA